GUGAGAGAGCAGUCGUUGCGUUUAAACCUUAUCUCACAUGUGAUUGGCGACAAAAAGGCCAAAAUCAAGCUUUUUUUCUUCUUCUUUAAUCGUCUUGAAAUAAACUUAAGAAUAAGAUGUUGAAGAUAACAUUAUUUUUACCACUCAUUGUGUGCACAUUAAGUGUUGUUUCGGCACAAACUUCAUUCGGUCGUUGCUUCACCCCCGACGAAUACCGUGGCAAUUGCGUUUAUUUCAAGUCAUGUCAGUCAUUAUUUGAGCUAUCAAAAAAGAAGCCACAAGAUAAUCGAGAUCGUCUUUUUAUUACACUAAGUCAGUGUGGAUUCCGUGAUGGUCAGCCACUUGUGUGUUGUAAGGAUGUCCCUCCACCACCACCACCUACUGAAGCACCAACAACAACACCAGCAGCUUUAGUAAUUUCGACAAAAGACAUUCCUAAACCUGGCGAGUGCGGUAUCGACUUUGAGAAUCGUAUUUAUGGUGGAAAUAGGACAGAAAUCGAUGAAUAUCCAUGGAUGACAUUGUUGGGAUACUCCAAACCACAGAACAAAAGAGGUUUCCAUUGUGGAGGUGUUCUCAUCAAUCAUCGUUAUGUACUUACUGCAAGUCAUUGCGUCAACGGUAAGGAUAUCCCACAAACAUGGACAUUAAGUCACGUUCGUCUUGGUGAAUGGGACACAGCUCAAGAAGAGGAUUGUGAUGACUCAUUUAAAAACGAAAGAGUUUGUUCACCACCGCCAAUUGAUGUUAAAAUUAUUGAAAGAAUUCCACAUCCAGAAUAUGAUCCUUAUAACAACAAUCAGUUUAAUGACAUUGCAAUGUUGAGAUUAGAGUAUGAUGUGCAAUACACAGACUAUAUAAAACCAAUUUGUUUGCCAAUUGAUCCAACUCUUCGAGGCAAUGAUUUUAUUAAGCAGACACUUUCUGUAGCUGGAUGGGGUAAAACUGAGAAGCUUUCCGCAUCGAAUCUCAAGUUGAAGGUCAAUGUUGAUGGUGUAUCGAAUAAUGAUUGCAAUCGUGUUUACAACAACGAACAGAGACAGAUCAUUGACACUCAAGUAUGCGCUGGUGGAAAGAAGGGACAGGACAGUUGUCGUGGUGAUUCAGGCGGUCCAUUGAUGAGACAGAAUGAGAGAGGAAACCCACCAUACUGGUAUUUGGCUGGUCUUGUUAGUUAUGGUCCUUCACCAUGCGGAUUAGAAAAUUGGCCAGGAGUCUACACACGUGUUGGAAAAUACAUCGAAUGGAUUGAAGAUACGAUUCAACCAUAAAUAAAAUUCAAACAAACUGGAAUCAAGUGAUAACUAGACAAGCAAAUAAAUUCUAUGAACUAAAAUAAAUAUUGCAAAAUCAAACCUGAUUAACUUGUAAUUUUUGGAGAAAUCCCCACAUUACGUAAGCGAAUGAAUAAAAUGCUGUCAAAAUGUUUAUUAAUAAAAAUGUU